CAGGAGCGUCCUAGGAGCCCAGCCGCCAUGAAGCUCGCCGCUGCCUUCCUGGUGCUCAGCGUGGCCCUGCUCAGCCAGCCCACUGCAGCCUUCUUCAUGAACAUGGCGGCCAAGCCCACGGUCCCGAGCGCGGCUGCCCUUGAGCCUGCGGCUGCCCUUGCGCCUGUGGCUGCCCUUGCGCCGGCACUUGCACCUGCCCUUGCACCUGUGGCUGCCCUGGAGGCUGGGGCCGAGAAUGUGGCCGGGGCUGCGGCCUCCUCCUACUUCAAGGGCUUCAACCCCCUGAGGUUCAUCCUGGCCAGCAUGGGCAUCAACGUGGACCGCCUGGUGGAGGGCUCCAGGAAGUGUGUGACCGAGGUGGGCCCAGACGCCAUGGGGGCCAUGGGGGCCGUGAAGGCGCUACUGGGAGCCCUGACCUACUUCGGCUGAGCGGCAGCUGGAGCAUCCCUGCCCGCCGGUGACCAGAUGCUGCCGCCUUCAGGCGGGGCACCUGCACCAGCCCCACCCUCUCCCUCCCCCUCAAUAAACAGUUAA